AUGCAGGCCUAUCUUUUUAACUGGAAUGCCUGUGCUGAAUGCAUCCUGCUCACCAUUGUGGCCAUUGAUUGCUAUGUGACCAUCUGCCAGCUCCUACAGUACACUCUCAUCAUGCAUCCCUGGGUAUGUGUGCAGAUGGCAGCUGCCUCCUGGUCCAGCAGCCUGACCAAUGCUCUGCUCCAAGCCACUUUUGCUCUCCAUCUCCCCCUCUGUGGGCACCACAGCCUGGACCACUUCUGUGAGAUAUCUGUUCUCAUCAAGCUGGCCUGUAGGAACACCACUGCUAAUGAGCAGGCCUUGUCUAUUGGAGCCAUACCAUUUGGAAUGGUGGCUCCCUUGAUAGUGGUCAUCUCCUACACCCUCAUUGGCAGGACUGUACUGAAGCCACCUUCCACUGAAGGCAGGCAGAAGGCACUCAGCACCUGCAGUUCCCACUUGCUGGUGGUCACCAUGUACUUUGGAGGAGGCAUCUACAUGUACUUCCAGACCCCAGGCAAGAGCACACAGGCCAAAUUCUUGUCAGUUUUGUACUGUGUUAUCACCCCAGUGCUCAAACCACUCAUCUACACCCUGAGAAACCAGGAUGUGAAGAGAGCACUGAAGAGGAUCCUGCAAUCCCCAAGUGGGAUGAAGUGUAUAAAACCCAGAUGA